UGGUUCAAGCAGUCACAAUGGUCGUGGUGGUAGAUUAAGAGGUUGUGAUAGUCAUGGUAGUCAUCGUGGUAGUGGAUCAAGAGGUCAUAGUAGUCAUGGUGGUAGAUCAAAAUGUCGUGAUGGUCAUGGUGGUGGAUCAAAAGGUCGUGAUAGUCAUAAUGCCCGGAGACCUGUUCCUGGGUUGAAUAGAUUGAAAAAUGGAAGGCAGAAGGUGGCGAGUAUCAAUUUUUUUAAAAAAACUUUGAAAUCAAAGAAGAGUAAAGAAUACUUUCCUAUCGUAGAAGCCCAGAGACCUGUUCUUGAGUUGAAUAGAUUGAAAGAUGGAAGACAGAAGCA